UAUCCAAAUUGUAUUACUUGUAAAUUGAAACAAAAAAAAGUUUUUAAAAUGGGUUGUCUAUCGGGAAUAGUCAACUUCAUUUUAUAUAUUGUUAAUGUCGUGUUUUUGAUCGUUGGCAUCCUUCUGAUCGUGCUGGGCUCGAUUAUGUUGUCCGAUCUCAGUCACUUCGAUCGUGCUGAUGGGACGAACCCUGACACAAUCCCCAUUUGCAUCACCGUCUUGGGGUGUCUGAUCUUCGUGGUGUCCUUCUUCGGCUGCUAUGGCAUUUUCAGGCAGAGCGCCUGCAUGACGGGAGCGUACACCAGCAUGGUUUUCAUCCUCUUUAUCCUGCAACUGGUGCUCACCUGUUGGGUGUUCGUGAACCGAUCUGCAUUCCUGGGCGACAUGCGCAAUUUGGUAAGCACGCUGUGGAACUCCCAGGAGUAUACUGCCUUGGGCGUGCUGGAGGAAACCUUCGGCUGCUGCGGCAACACCAGCUACUCCAACUACAAAGCUAUCGGCCUCCCGGUUCCCGGAACCUGCUGCGGCUACUUGAAUCGCCAGCAAACGUGCAGCACCCCUUCGGUUUACACAUCGAAGCCCGGUUGCAAUGACAAGUUCGAGGAGUUUUGGAACGACAACAUGGACAUCAUUCGCUGGUCCGGUCUUGGCCUAUGCAUUUUCGACCUGAUCGUCUUCCUAAUCGCCGGCGCCCUUACCAACUGUAUGCGCACCCAGGGCGCCGGAGGACAGGGUUAUGCCUAAUUUUUGAAUAACAACGCUAAAUAAAUCAUUUCUAACACAAUAUUUAUGAUAAACGCAGUAGCAAGACGAUUAUAUCAAUAUUAUCAAUACAGUUUUGAUUUCGAA